CGAAGAUGGCGGCAGGGAUGCUCCGCGCGCUCCUGCUCUGCGGCCUCCUGGGCGCCCUCCGCGCUCAGCAGCAGCAGGAACUCGUCGAUAUCGGCACCACGGAGAGAGCCAGCAACUGCCCAGAGAAGACCGACUGCCCCAUCAACGUGUACUUCGUGCUGGACACGUCGGAGAGCGUGACCAUGCAGGCGCCCAUCGACAGCCUGCUGAGCCAGACGCAGCAGUUCAUCCUCCAGUUCACCAGCGAGCUGAAGAACCAGCACUACCGGGACCAGGUGGCCCUGAGCUGGCACUACGGGGGGCUGCACUUCUCCGACGAGGUGGAGGUCUUCAGCGCGCUGGGCAGCGACGAGGCCACCUUCAAGUCGAGGCUGCAGAACAUCCGCUCCUUCCGCCGGGGCACCUUCACGGACUGCGCCAUCUCCAACAUGACCCAGGAGAUAAGGAAGAACCCGAGCAAGAGCAACUUCGCCAUCGUCAUCACCGACGGCCACGUCACCGGGAGCCCGUGCGGGGGCAUCAAGAUGCAGGCCGAGCGCGCCCGCGACCUGGGCAUCAAGCUCUUCGCGGUGGCCCUCAACCAGAACCGGAACGAGCAGGGCCUCCGCGACGUGGCCAACCUCCCCCACGAGCUCUACCGCAACAACUACGUCACCAUCAAGGACGACCUGUCCGUCGACCAGGACACCAUCGACAAGAUCAUCAAGGCCAUGAAACACGAAGCCUAUUCCGAGUGCUACAAAGUGAGCUGCCUGCAGAUUCAAGGUCCCGCCGGACCCAAGGGCUAUCGGGGACAGAAGGGUGCCAAGGGGAACAUGGGGGAGCCGGGGGAGCCCGGACAGAAAGGGCGACAGGGAGACCCGGGCAUUGAGGGCCCGAUCGGCUUCCCAGGCCCCAAGGGGGUUCCUGGCCUGAAGGGCGAGAAGGGCGAAUACGGAGGAGACGGACGCAGGGGCGCUGCGGGUCUGGCAGGCAAGAACGGGACGGACGGACAGAAGGGGAAGCGAGGACGCAUCGGACCCCCUGGCUGCAAGGGAGACCCCGGGGACAGGGGCCUCGACGGUUACCCAGGGGAAGCCGGAAGCCCAGGAGAGCAGGGAGACCAAGGCAGCAAGGGAGAUUCCGGCCGCCCAGGACGCCGAGGGCCCCCCGGCCUGGAUGGAGAGAAAGGAAACCCGGGUUACCAAGGCAACAACGGAGCCCCUGGCAGCCCCGGGGUGAAAGGUGCCAAGGGAGGCCCCGGACCCCGAGGACCCCGGGGAGAGCAGGGUCGUAGGGGAGACCCCGGUGCCAAAGGCAGCCCCGGGAACGAUGGGCCCAAAGGAGAAAAGGUGAGAAGGACUCGCAUCGGAGUGGUCCAGUACAGCCACGACGGGACCUUCGAGGCCAUCAAGCUGGACGACGAGCGCAUCGGCAGCCUGAGCCAGUUCAAGGAGGAGGUGAAGAAGCUCGAGUGGAUCGCGGGGGGCACGUGGACGCCGUCCGCCCUCAACUACACCUACAACGAGCUCAUCAAGGGCAGCCGGCGCAAGAAGACGCGCGUGUUCGCCGUGGUCAUCACGGACGGCCGGCACGACCCCCGCGACAACGAGCAGUCGCUGAAGGCGCUCUGCGACAAGGUGGAGAACGUGGUGGUGACGGCCAUCGGCAUCGGCGACAUGUUCAACGAGCAGCACGAGAGCGAGAGCCUGACGUCCAUCGCCUGCAACCAGAGGGGCCGAGUGCGCAACAUGACGCUCUUCUCCGACCUGGUGGCCGAGAAGUUCAUCGACGAGAUGGAGGAAUUCCUCUGCCCAGACCCGCAGAUUGUCUGCCCCGACCUUCCCUGCCAAACAGAGCUGUACGUAGCCCAGUGCACCCAGCGGCCCGUCGACAUCGUCUUCCUGCUGGACGGCUCCGAGCGCAUCGGGGAGCGCAACUUCCACAAGGCCCAGCGCUUCGUGGAGGACGUGGCCCAGAGGCUGACCCUGGCCCGGCGGCACAACGACCCCCUGAACGCGCGAGUGGCCCUCCUGCAGUACGGCAACGAGCGCGAGCAGGAGGUCAUCUUCCCGCUCACCUCCAACCUGACGGUGAUCCACAACGCGCUGAGCAGCGCCCGCUACCUCAACUCCUUCUCCCACGUGGGCACCGGCAUCAUCCACGCCAUCAACAACAUCGUCAUGGACCAGCAGGCGGGCGCCCGCCGCAACGCCGAGCUCUCCUUCGUCUUCAUCACGGACGGCAUCACGGGGGAGGCCAGCCUCAACGAGUCCCUCCACUCCAUGCGGAAGCAGGACGUCGUGCCCACCGUGCUGGCCCUGGGCGGCGACGUGGACAUGGAGCUCCUCCUGAAGAUCAGCCUCGGAGAUCGGGCCGCCAUCUUCCAGGAGAAGGACUACGACAGCCUCUCCCAGCCCGGCUUCUUCGACAGGUUCAUCAGAUGGAUCUGCUAGCCGUCACCCGAGGGCGCAGCUCCCGAGGGCUCCCCUCCGCCUGCCCCUGUCCCGACCCGAGACGGAUCCUCACAGCCCCCUGAGACGCGGCCCUUCUCCUCCCCCCCCUCCCAGCCGGCGGCUUGGCUCGCUGGGGCUCCCGCCAGGCCAGCGAGAAGCGCAUCUGCAUUUUCCAGGAUGACCGCGGAGCGGCAGAUGGUCCUAAACCCCCAAUGGUGCUAAUAGAGAUCAAGAACGCAGCAGGACGCGGAGCCACAGCCAGAGCUUUGCAGCACUUCUCCAAGCCCCGAGGAGCACCCGCUCCUCCUGCGUGUGAGGGGAGUGCCCGCGGGGUGCCCGGAGAUCCAGGCUCGGGGGCGUUCCCAGAGGAGAGGCCUCAGCCUCCCCCCGAGACGAGCCCCAACUGGCAUCACAACACACCGGAGGGCUUCCCCUCCCUCAUUCCCGCACCGGUCCAAUGAUCGGCCUUCUCACCCCGACUCCCCGAGGUGGAUUCUCCUGCCCCGAAAAUCGGGCGUUCCUGUUCCCCCAGAUAGAGGCAGAUGCAGGGCUUCCGGGAUCGAGAACAUUGUGGACAGACACAAAUCAGAGCGGCACUGACCAGAGCCCGUGGGGAACCCGAGCACCCCCCACCCAGCAGAAAGCUUCUCCUCGAACGCCACAGUCAUCUUCCGACCUCCCCACACUGGGAGACCCUGCG